UGAACUGCCUUUCACUGGGAUUUGACGUGCACCAACCAGAUGCAUGUAACAAUCUAGCUCUCUGUAGAGCCCCCUUCUCACCAUGGGCUGCUCUAAGUUUCAGGCGAUUGCUCGUAGUUUUGGCUUUCGACGCCACCAGUCCGGCCAGGUGACUGAACCAAAUAACAAUACUUAUGGCUGAUAGCAUGAACUUCCAAACUUCAGAUGUGGCGGUCGAACGGCAGCCCGAAGCCGUGAUUAGAAUGCUUAUCACUGCAGCUACGCUGUUUUACACACAUACCAAUCGGGCCGCUAUGACUUCACGCUGCGCUAUCUCAGGACGUCUCUAUCUUCAACAAUAUUGCUUAUCGGACGUGUCAUAUCAAGUAUAAUUAUGACUGGGCUCGACAUGCUACUCUUAAGAUACGCAGCAGGGUGUCUCCCCCAGACUUGACCUUUUCUCAGGUUGACAAGUGCUCCAGAGGCGAACGAUGUCAUUCCGUACCCUAUCCGCGAUCCUUGGUUUGCUCGUCAUACAGACAUUCUCGGAGCAAAACCCUCUCACGGUUCCUACAAUAGAGCCAUCGGGAAUCAACUAUACACGCUUGUUCUCGAAUGAAAUGAUAUUCACAGAUACCUGGUCCAAGGACUCAUGGAAUGGUUUGACGACUUUCGCAAAAGCGCCUCCAUUGCGCUGUUUCGGCAGCGACGCGGGUGUCUUAUACGACGUUGCCGUCCUCGGCGCACCAUUCGAUAUCGCCACUAGUUAUCGUCCGGGUGCUCGCUUCGGACCUAACGGUAUUCGUCAAGGUUCAAGACGUCUUGGUAUUGAUAGAGUCAAUGUACCCAUGAAGAUUCGAGCAACGGAGCAUAUCGAUAUCGUAGAUUGUGGGGAUGUCCCAAUGAUUCUCGUUGACAACAAGGUUGCUUUGCGUCAGCUCGAACUCGCCAAUGCUGCACUCUUGGCUCGUCCCAGUUCUCACGCCCCUGAGGGUAAAAGUCUUGCUAAGGACGGCAAGUUUCAUCCUCGCAUUUUGACCCUCGGUGGAGACCAUACAAUCACUUUGCCUUUGCUGCGAGGAGUUGCUGGAAUCUACGGUCCUGUUAGCGUGAUCCAUUUUGACAGUCAUCUUGAUACUUGGAAACCGCGUCCGAUGGAAGAUAGCCCAUGGUUACCAGGCGAGGAAAUACCUAUCACACACGGAAACUACUUCUACUACGCCCACAAGGAAGGUCUGCUCGGUCCGAACAACACAAACAUUCACGUCGGAAUUCGUGGCGCCCUCAACCGCUGGGAAGAUUAUGAUGAUGACUAUGAGGUUGGCUUCGUGAUCUCUCAUGCAGAUGAUUUGGAAGAUAUUGGCUGGAAAGGCGUCGUCAAGAUGAUAAGAGAGACUGUGGGGGAUAAUCCAGUUUACAUCUCUCUCGACAUCGACGUGAUUGACCCUGGAUUGGCUCCUGCCACUGGAACCCCUGAGAUUGGAGGGAUCACCACAAGAGAGAUCAAGAAGAUCUUUCAAGGCUUGUCAGGUCUCAAGAUCGUUGGCGCUGACGUCGUGGAGGUUGCACCGGCUUACGAUACGCAAGAUGAGAUCACGCAAAUUGCAGCUGCCAACAUUGCUUGGGACAUGCUCGCUCUGAUGGCGAAGACUCCGCUCGUCGCCUGAUUGAUAAUAUAUGAUCGUAGCAUAAAUCAUUACCUCUUACACCACAUUCGAAGUACUUGUAGCACAAUACUAAACCUUGUGGCGGCCUU